AUGCAGCUACAAGAGCGUAUAUUACAGCUUAUGAAAAAUAGUUCAGAUACACUAUCAUUAACAUACACAGAAUUUUGUCAUAUAAGAAAUGUUAUAACACGAGCUGAUCUAGAAAAUCUAUUAUUUAAUGAAAAACUCUAUACAGAGGUUGCACAGGGCAAAUUAUGUUUUGCAUGUCGAAAGGUUCAUUUUAAUUUAUUGUCAUUUACAUUUGGUAUUGAAUGUAAUGUUUGCAAACAAAAAGUUUGUCGGAAUUGUAUUACACAAAUUGCUUUGCCAAAAGAAAGAUUGAAUGAUAUACCAAUACAAGCAUUUACUCCAUCAAAGUUAACAAAGUCAUUUUUACAACCAGAUAGAUUUUACUCACUUGAUGUACAAUCUCCUGUGACACUGACAGCAAAUGAUAAAUACCAGACUAUCAGCUAUAAUUAUAGUGAAAUACGUCGUUCAUCUACGCCAAGUAAUAUUCAAAAACAACUUAACGCCACAAAAUGGUGUACAGAACCGAUUGAUAUAUGUACGGACUGCUUUUUCCUUUUACAACAAAUUCGAGAGAAAUUUCGUCAACGUCACGUAUCACCAACAAUAACAACAAACUCAGCUUCAUCAAGUUCAUCAUCAUCCAAUCGUUUGUAUCAUUUAUCAACACAUUCAACGUCAAAUUUUAAUCCUUCAAUGUCAUCAUCAACAUCAUCAAUAGCUACUUUAUUGGCACAACAACAACAACAACAACAACAACAACAACGUGCAUUAGUUGUUAAAGCAAUUGCAAUCUAUGCAAAAUUAACUCAGACUAAAUCCGCUCAAGAUCUAUCAAUGAACAAUGUCUCAUUACCAAAACUAACCACAACAGAUGACAACAAUGAUGAUUCAAAUGAAAAAGUUAGUCUAUCACGAGAUCAUCUGUUUCUGAAACUUCAAUCAACAUAUGACGUAAAAUCAAAUAAUGUUGAAACAUGA